AUGUUUAAGCAAAGCAUAGUAAGGAAUGUAAUAGGAACAGUAUCAUCUUUUCCUAUUCAUUACUAUCUUGAUCCAACUAUGACUUCUUACAUGUUGAUGGGAGUAGGAAUAGUUUAAUUUUAUUCAAUAUAUAAAUAUAAGUAAUCAACUAAGAUAACAGGCUAUUAUAAAGACUAAAAGCAUUUGUUAUAAAGCUUAUAGCAGAAUAAUUUUGAAUAAUAAUUUAGUAACUAAAAUUCUUAAUAUUAAUAAAGUGAAUACUAAGAAUUAUUUAGUAAGCAUUCUGAAAAUUUGCAAAGUUCGAAAGAAUAAGGAUUGUCAAACUAUGAAAAGUAUUUAAAGGAAUCUUAAAGCAAUAACAAUUCCAAUAUCAAUAACUAAUUUUCAGGAUAAUUUAAUGAUUAAGUAUAAGCAAAGGAUGAUUAAAUUAGAUAUAUAGAAGUAGAAAAUACUAAUGAGCGCUUAACCUACUACAACAGUUAAUUGAUGUGCAUGGGUUUAUUGCAAGGUGUUCUUUUAGGAUCUUAUAUGGAAAUAUGGAAUGACGGAUAUAUUUACUUGAUUUAAUUGAGCACAUUCUUAAAUUCAGUUUUAAAUGGAUAUUUAUUUCACUAUUUUUAUAAAACUAACUAUAAAAUGACAAACUUAAAAGCUCUUCUUAUUGGAUCAAUAACUCCCCUUCCUAUAACAAUUAUGGCUCCCAUUGUUUAUAAUAACGGACUAAUUUAAUCCAAUCUAUUUUAAUAUGCUUAAAAGUUAUUUUUAUCAGAAAAUAUCAAUUAAGAUCCAUCUCUAUUUUUUACUUAUAGAAUGGGAAUAAGGCUUUUUGGGUUAUUGUUUUUAUAUUUUAUUGGAUUUUUAAUAUUAUCUGGUGAUCAAGAUGUAGAAGAUGAUGAUGAGGAAGAAAGCAGUUCAGAAAAUGAAAAAGAUAAAAAUGUUUUCGAUAUCUUCAUCAAAAUAAAAUUUGAUGAUAAAAAUUAGAAUAAAAAUUUAAAUAUUGAUAACACAAAUAAGAAUAGCUAAACAGAAAAUUAACAAAUUGAUAAAACAAAUAAAUAAAAUGAAAAAGACUAAUGA